AUGGAGCGGGGGCCGGUGGUGGGGGCAGGGCCGGGGGCCAGAGCCCGAAUCCGGGCACUGCUGGGCUGCCUGGUAAAGGUGCUGCUCUGGGUGGCCUCUGCCUUGCUGUACUUUGGAAGCGAACAGGCUGCCCGCCUCCUGGGCAGCCCCUGCUUACGGCGCCUGUACCAUGCCUGGUUGGCAGCAGUGGUCAUCUUUGGGCCUCUUCUGCAAUUCCAUGUCAACCCUCGGACUAUCUUCGCCAGCCACGGCAACUUCUUCAACAUAAAGUUUGUGAAUUCGGCAUGGGGCUGGACAUGCACCUUCCUGGGGGGCUUCGUGUUGCUGGUGGUGUUCCUGGCUACACGGAGCGUGGCUGUAACUGCCCGGCACCUGAGCCGACUGGUGGUGGGGGCGGCUGUAUGGCGGGGGGCUGGCCGGGCCUUCCUGCUCAUUGAGGACCUGACCGGCUCCUGUUUCGAGCCUCUGCCCCAGGGCCUGCUGCUCCACGAGCUGCCUGACCGCCGCAGCUGUCUGGCAGCUGGCCACCAGUGGCGGGGCUACACGGUCUCCUCCCACACCUUCCUGCUCACCUUCUGCUGCCUGCUCAUGGCCGAGGAAGCGGCAGUGUUCGCCAAGUACCUGGCUCAUGGGCUGCCGGCUGGAGCACCCCUGCGCCUCGUCUUCCUGCUCAACGUGCUGUUACUAGGCCUCUGGAACUUCCUGCUACUCUGUACCGUCAUCUAUUUCCACCAGUAUACUCACAAGGUGGUGGGUGCCGCAGUGGGCACCUUUGCCUGGUACCUCACCUACGGUAGCUGGUAUCAUCAGCCCUGGUCUCCAGGGAGCCCAGGCCAUGGGCUCUUCCCUCGCCCCCACUCCAGCCGCAAGCAUAACUGAAAGAAAUAAA